AUGAUAAAGAUUGAAGUUUCUGAAAUCAUGAAGAUAACAAAACGUGAGACAGUGUCAGAUGACAAUGACACCCAAGAAAUUCCAGCAGAACAAAAGGCAUGUGUUCAAGACACAUAUGGCUGUAUCAACUGGGAGCCGACAUUUUUGCCACUUUCUGAGGCAGCAGAGAGUCAGCAAAAAAAAGAAGAGAUGAAAAAGAUGUUUAAAGAGAUGAACUACAACACAGGAGACAUGAAAAACCUAAUGCAGACCACCUAUUACAUGCAGCGCAAAGACAUCAACAAGGAGGCUGGUAUGGCAACUCACACUCAAGAACUUACUAAUGUCGGUCUGAUGGAGUCCUUCCUCACUAAUGUGGACAAAAAGGGCCUUUUACACUUCCUCAAAAAUGCUGAUGCACAAAAAUGCAAAAAAGUCCUGGAUACUCUUAUCAAGUUUCAGACUGAAAGGGGCGAGCUUGAUGGAGGUUCUCAAGACAUUACACAGAUGGUACUUCUCUUGUUGGCUCACUUUGGAGAGCAAGAGGACAGUCUAUUCCAUACGGUUGAGGAGACUUGCCUGGCCCGAGAGGUUCAGAUGGAGAAGCUGCCAGCAACACCUUGCUUUAUAGAGUGUGCGUCUCUCCAAGGCUCCAGCUCCAGCGUUAUCCGGCACGCCUGCUUUUUCCUCUCUCGAGCUCCGACCACGGAAACCCACAGCCACGAGCAGUCUCACGAGACAGCUCACGGCUCACGCACCUCCACGGGUGACCUCUCACGAGCACCAUCCCCUGAGCACCGGAUCUCCAACCACCACCUCAGGACUCCCUCCACGGAACCUUCCUCACGGAAUCCUCCCCUGGCACCUCGGCACCGACGACCGCCUCCUCGCACCCCCACCACGACUGGGACCUCUCCACUGGACUCCUUCACCUGGUUUUCUCCACAAUCCCCACCUUUGUGA